AUGGCAUCCUGGCUCCCAAUCCCCGCAAAAUCGCACUUUUCUCUUGCGAACAUACCCUUUGGCAUAAUCACAACCCCCAAAUCAAACGUACCGGUACCAGCAAUCGCCAUAGGCGAAUAUGCGCUCGACUUGUCUACGUUCACAAAAAAUGGAGGUUUCACUCAUUUACCUGGCUUCAACGGGGAUGUUUUUCACCAGUCGACUUUGAACGCCUUUGCGGCACUGGGUCGACCAGUUCAUAGACAGGUGCGAGAAUAUCUGCAAGUAGUCUUCAAGGCAGACACGCCUUUCCCCGAAGUUCUCAAGGACAACAAAACCCUUCAAAAAGAAGCUCUCCUAUCACUGAAUACGGUAACAAACCACCUCCCACUACAGAUUGGUGAUUACACCGACUUCUACGCUGGACGAAACCAUGCAUACAACGUUGGCGUUUUGUUUCGCGGGCCUGAUAACGCUCUACAACCGAACUACAAUCAUCUCCCCGUCGGAUACCAUGGUCGUUCAUCGAGUAUCGUCGUCUCUGGAACGCCCAUUGUUCGACCAACAGGUCAAAUAUUGACGAAUCCGACUGCCAACCCCAAAGUCCCCAUUUUAUCUCCUUGUAAGAGAUUGGAUAUUGAGCUGGAAAUGGCUGCAUUUGUUGGUACAGGCAACAAACUCGGUCAGCCGGUGCCCAUUGAAGAGGCUGAAGAUCACAUUUUCGGACUGGUCUUGAUGAAUGAUUGGUCUGCACGAGACAUUCAGGCGUGGGAAUACGUGCCCCUAGGCCCGUUUAAUUCCAAGAACUUUGCGACUACUAUCAGUCCAUGGGUCGUCCUUAUCGAUGCGCUGGAGCCGUUUAGAGCGCAGGGACUUGAGCCUGGGAAUCGAGACUCUAUUCUCCCAUACCUCCGGGAACAGAGAGCAGAUAACGCCUUUGAUAUCAAGCUGGAGUUUGACAUCAGACACAAUGGUCUCAGUAAGGACGAAGCGCCGAUUCAUGUUUCCGAAACAAAUACUACGAACUUGCUUUAUUCGUUCGCGCAAAUGCUCACUCACCACACUAUUACUGGCUGCAACUUGCGUACGGGAGACUUGUUGGGUAGUGGGACAAUCUCGGGCAAAGAGCCAGGAUCGCAGGGUAGCUUGCUGGAGCAGACAAAUGGUGGGAAGGAGCCGCUUACAUUGGCAGACGGAAAGACGAAGAGAGUAUUUUUGGAGGAUGGUGAUGAAGUUAUAUUGAAAGCUGUUGCUGGGAAUGUCGAUGGGGCAUAUGUCGGAUUUGGUGAAUGUGUUGGCAGAAUUGAGCCUGCUGUUACUUUUAACUUCUGA